CUACGUCUAGCUUAAUUCCAUCUCGAUCUCCACUCUCCUUCACUCUACUGAUCGAUCGAUCGGCUGACCAUAUCCAUGGACAUGAUGGUGCAGCUCAAGCAAAGCGAGGAGGAAGAAGAGCGGGGCUUCUUCGGCCGCGAGAUCAAGGAGCUCGACUUCUUCUCGGCCGCCGGCCGCCGGAGGGUCGACGACCGCGACGGCGGCGGCGACCGUGCGGAUGGGGUCAGCAACCACGCCGGAUCUAUGGUCAGCACUGCGCUUGACUUGCUGACGGCGGUCAACGACGACGGUGGUGAGGAGAAGAAAGGGGAGUCAAACAAUGAUCAUCAAACCAAGAUGGAUUCGGCGGCGACGGUGGAGGGGGAGCUCCGGCAAGCCGGAGAAGAGAACCGGCGGCUGCGGCGGCGGCUGGAGGAGCUCACCACCAGCUAUGGCGCGCUCUACCACCAGCUUGUCGAGGCACAGCAGCACAAGCAGGCGGUGGUGGCCGGAGUGCAGCUACUGGACGCGCUGGCGGCGGCGUCGUCAUCUCCGGCCAGCCCCCUGCGGCGACGAGCGGCGGCGGUCGACGGCGACAGGACGGACUCUGAUGGUGGCGAGGCUGGCGUCGAGAACGUCGACUCGGCUCCUCCUUGUCUCGGCAGCAAGAGGCCGGCGACGUUAACGCGCCUGACGCCGGAGCGCGGCGGCGCGGAGAAUAACGCCGGCGAGCAGCAGGCGGCGGCGGAGAUGGCACCGUGCAGGAAGGCCAGGGUGUCGGUGCGAGCACGAUCCGAGGCUCCAAUGAUCAGCGAUGGAUGCCAAUGGAGGAAAUACGGGCAGAAGAUGGCGAAGGGUAACCCUUGCCCUAGGGCCUACUAUCGAUGCACCAUGGCUUCGCAAUGCCCUGUCAGAAAACAGGUGCAACGAUGCGCUGAGGACAAGACGAUCCUCGUCACCACGUACGAGGGCACCCACAGCCACCCGCUCCCGCCGGCCGCCGCCGCCAUGGCCAAGACCACCUCCGCCGCCGCCGCCAUGCUCCUCUCCGGCCCGGCCGUCAGCCGCGACGCGCUCUUCGCCCACCACGGCGCCGUCGUCGCCGCGCCCUUCUUCCACCACCCCUACGGCUCCGCGGCCACCACCAUGGCCACGCUCUCCGCCUCCGCGCCCUUCCCGACCAUCACGCUCGACCUCACCCAGCCGCCGCCGACCACCGCCGCCGCCUCCGCGGGCCUUCAGCUCCACCGCCCGCAGCAGCAGGCCUUCCACUCAUUGCCGUUCGGCGCCGGCGCCGGCUUCCCAGCUUACCACCGGCCUGUUCUGCCCCCGGCGGCGUCGCCGUCGCCAGGGACGAUGGGCGCCAGGGAGAGGUCAGCUCUGGAGACGAUGACCGCCGCGAUCGCCAGGGACCCCAACUUCACCACCGCGCUGGCCGCCGCGCUCUCCUCGAUCAUGGCGGGAGGCGCUCAAGCUCGACCCCCACGCAGCGCCGACGCUGACGCCGGCGCCGGAGACAUCAACGGCGGCGCCGGCGACUACGCCGCUGCCGGAGCGUGCGCGGCGGUGACAACCUCUCCCACCUGACGCCGCGGCAGCAGCCAUUGCCACCGGAUAUACACAUACGCAUACGUACGUGUAUCAGUGUAUGCAGCACGUACCUGUACAUCUUGUACGCGUAUUGCGUAUACAGCACAGUAGAAAAUACGUACACAUCGGUUUGUCGUAUUACUGUUUUGGUUGAUAUUGCUGUACAUGAAUUGCUCUUCGUAUUCAUAAUUUUGUAGAGUUUUAUAGAGAAGGUUAAUUUUUUUUUUCUUUUGAAAUUUAAAGCGUUCCAAAUUAUUUAAUUUCAUGCUCAUUUCGGCAGCAAAGGCCGAGCAUAGUUCAAUCCAUGUACAUAUUUGGUUUGGGCCAGAUCUCACAGAAUUUGGGCCUGAAUUGGAUUUACAACUAAAAUAUAGGCCAAAUUUGAUUCUCUAUUGUAGUGGCCCAGUUUGUGCCGAAUUUGAGAUCAAUACAAUA